UCCGUGAUGAGAGCCAUUGGUGGAGCCCGCAGCCCGGGCCUGUGCCCUGACCGGGAAUCGAACCCCGAUCGCCGGGUAUCAGGUCGAGCGCAGCCGCCGAGCCGCCCGGCCCGGCUCCUGAUUUUCAAAUACCAGCAACUGUUCACCUAGAAAUAAAAAGCCGCUCAGGGGGAGAGCAGCGGCACCCACCCGAGGUCAGGAAGAGCAGCUCCUGGGAGCCUUGACUCGGGCAGAGCCCGGACGGUGCCCCCGGAGAAGACAGGCGGGUGGUGGAGAGGGGAGCGGCUCCGUCCCUGGGGGGAGCGGCUCCGCCCGGUGAGCCGGUGACGCGGGAAGCGGAUCGCGCUGUGUUUCGGCCCCGCUGGCGGCCCUGCCUUAUCUCUGCAAACAGUUCUGGAAGCCAGGCUGCGCGCUUCCUUUGCUCAGCUUCAUGGGUGAACGGGCGGUGCCCUCCUUCCCCGCUGAGUGGCUGCUGCCAGGUGCUGUCCCUUUGCAGUUAGGACACUGUUUUAUUGUUGUGACAUUCGUGUGCGGACAAGUCCUGACCUGGGAGAGGUGAAGGGCUCUCUCCCAGGGAGGAGGCGGUGUGCGCCCUGUCCCCCGUGGUGGCCGCUGGCGAGCAGAGGGGCUGGGAGCCAGGAGGGGUGGGACACCCAGGACUCCCGCAGUCGGCACGGGCCCGGGCACACCUGAGUGCCCCUCCGGUCUCCUGGGCAGCCCUGCAGGGCCGGCCCCUCCACUGCCUCUCAAACCCCAUUUGGCAAACAGACACAUCUGGGGGACACCUAUUGCAAUUUCUGAACUCAAGGACCGAGUAGUGGCCGUCCGGUGUCCUGGGUAAGGCUCCUUCAGAGUCCUGCUGUCCAAAGCAAGGCUGAAGACCACCUGGGGCUGGUUGUGAAGGGCCGAGUCUUCCCCACCCGUGCUGACUGAUACCUUCAGUGACCCUGUGUCCAUGGGAAAUCCCUAACCUCGAGAAUGUCAGAGGGAAAGGGCAAUUACAGGCCCUGGAGCGGGGACCCCUCUCAGCUCUCCUGGGACUGCAGAGAAGUUCUGAUACCUGCCUGGGAUAUUGUAGGUCCACAGAUUUGAUCUGAGGACUCACAGUUUUCUCCCAGGACUGGGAGGAUAAUCAUACAUGAGAGCCGGGUCUGAAUUAUUUGUGGUUCAUAAAAACCCCUCAUCUGACCAAAGACAUUGAGCAAUAGGCUGCCUGAAAUGUCAUCUGUUCCCUCAGCAACUGUUUGCAUGAGUCAGCCCAAGGGAAAGGGGAGGAGAGCCCCGGCCUGGCUCCAGCUGAAGCUGAAGCUACACUUUGAUUUUACUUCCCAGCCUUGCCAGCUGGGGGUGCUCUACCCCCACGACCCUAGGCAGGGCCCACCCUGUCCUCCUGCCCUGCCAUUUCCCCACCAGCCAGCUUGACCAACAGUCUUCUGACCCCUGGAAUUGUAAUGCCAUCGUUCUGGAGGUCGAGUCCUGCUCCCGUACGGACCAUGAGCACUCAAGGGCCUGGAACCGCUUUAUUUUUUUUAUUCUGUGGCUGUCUCAUCUCCUGCCUGGUCCCGGCCCAUGAGCAGAGGUGGGUCGCCUUUUAAAGUGAUAGCUUUUGGAAGCCAGGGGUGUAGAUCAGUAGUGGGGUGUUGACCUAGAGCCAUCAUGUGGAGAGUCUGCAGGGUCCCCGCCCCGGGCAGUUGGCACACAGCCCUGCAGAGUCUAGCCUGUCGGUGCCUCACCUGGCUUACAGCCAGGAGUCUGACACCUGCUCAGGGCCCCCCAGCGGGCAGGUGCAGUCCUGUGUGUCCCCCUCUCUGGCUUGGCCUGAGCCAGUGCCCUGUCACCCGGAGGACGCGGGGCUGGGACUUGCUGCACUCUGCCUGGCUCUUCCUCCCCAGCGAUGAACACGCGACAGAGGACUUGUCACGUGACAGUGCUGUUGUCACCCCGCGGCAGAGCUUCGGUCCUCAGCAACCUAGGAAGAGUGAGCUGUGGGUGGAGACCCUCUCCCCAGAAGUCAAGCUGCGAGGCCGCCAAGAUGCCCCUCGUGGUGGGAGACAUCAUGAAGCUGCUGUGCUCUGUUUCCGAGGCGAGGAAGAUGAAGGCGGCCGUCAAGCACUCGGGAAGGGGCGCCCUGGUCACUGGUGCCGUGGCCUUUGUUGGUGGCUUGGUUGGUGGCCCACCGGGACUAGCAGUUGGGGGCGCUGUCGGAGGGCUCUUAGGGGCCUGGAUGACAAGUGGGCAGUUUAAGCCCGUCCCUCAGAUCCUAAUGGAGCUGCCGCCUGCUGAGCAGGAGAAGCUGUUCAACCAGGUCACAGCUAUUGUCCAGAACCUGGAGUGGACAGAUGCCGUGCAGCUGACCAUGCUGGUCAUGGGCAGUGAGGCCCUGCAGCAGCGGCUGCUGACCUUGCUGGUGGGCUACAUCACCAAGGAGCUCCAGGCUGAAGUGCAGUAUGGCGACUAGCCCCCGGGGCAGGGGUCUUGCAGGAGGUGACGGGGGCUGGGCUGCCCCACUCUGCCCUGCAUCACCUUAACAGCAGUGAGCUCCUGCAGAAGAGGUUCUGUUGGGCUGGAUCCUGCUCUUGAAAAUACCGAUGAGGACCUCGUGUGGUGUGACCACAUGCGAAGCAGGUGCCAAGCGGAGGUGUGCCUAUGGCUGACACAGGGACAGUUUAUGAGACCGCUCUCCCGACAUGAGCCUGGAGGGUGUCGUGCUCAGCCACUGAUCUGUGAAGGUGACUUCUGUCCCAGGCACCCAUUGCAGGACUGGGCCCUGUCUGGGCCCAGGGUGUAGGGACCUGGCAGCCAGCCCUGAAGGAAUCAUGCCAACCUCCUGAGAGCACCCCUGCCCCCAGGCCCUUCCAAGUGGCCUGGGGGCACCAAGUGCACCCAGUCCUUCCCCACCAGCCUGGCCUUACUUUCCUUCUGGAUUCUGCUUUUUGAUUUAACUGCUUUCAGUACUAGGUGUUGCUCUUUGUAAGUGGUAGGAUCAGGAUCACAAACCAUCUCUAAGAAGUUUCCACCCACUGGAAGUUUCUCAAACACUGUUCCUGCUUUUAGAACCACAGCUGCACUGUCUUCAGACAUGAUACAUUUCCUGAAGUCUUUGUCCCACACCUUUCCUGUGAAGCAUCUCUAACCCAGGCACCGUUUGCUCCCAGCAGGAACAAAGGGCAGGUAUGGGGUUGAUGGCUUUAAAACAUGAAAGGGAGCCCUGGAUUCCCUGCCUGUCACCUGCCUUUCCAGGCUGCUUGGGCCUCCCUAUGCUGCCAGGGUGCACCUUCCCGGCCUCCCUGGGGGUACGGGGGCAGGGAGAGGCCCUCCAACCCAGGAGGGUCAGAUCCCGCAUCUCCACGUGUAUAAAGAAAACUUGAGGGUGAAUUCAAACCCACGGUGCUUAAGGAAGGAUGGAGCCUUUGUCUCUCAGAGAAUUGCUCUCCAGCUGCCUCAUCCAGCACAGGCCAUACUCCAGGAGUUGACCAGCUGCCUCAAUCAUUUCUGUGCUGCUUGAGGGGUGGGCAGGGAGGGCCAUUUGGAUGAUUCUCUUCAGAGAAGGUGACUGGGGGUUAUUCAUGUGGGGUCCUCUGCCAGCCCCAGGGCCACAGGGGUCCCUGCCCAGAGGCCAGAGGUCCCACGUGGAUGUCCACUGAAGCCCCUCCCCUGCCGGCCUGCCUUACCCCUGGGAAAACAGCAUGGGGAGGAGAUGGCCCCACUCCGGACCCAGCUGCGCUGGAUGCUGCAGGCCUUGCUGAGCAAGUCGCCUGUGACUAGCUGGGGCCUGGGUGGCUUGCAGUGGGCUUUGGGCUGAGAGCUGCCCAGCCCUCGAGGCCCCGCUUCCUCAGGAGCUGAAAGUACUUACCUGGCUCUCCUUUAGGCUCUCUCAGCUCUUGGGCUUUUAGUAUUUCCUUGUGAAAAAUCUCCAUUUCCUUAUUUUUGAAUAGGCCACACCAGCCUGGCAGAAAACCAGGCACAAACAGGAGGGUUCCUUCUCUGCCGAUCCCGGCCCAGCCCCCCCCAGAUGCAGCCCCUCUUAUCAAUCAACGCCUGUGCAUUCUGUUUUAAAAUCAUGUUUGAAAAUGAGUCCUUUCCUUUUAUUUGUCAAUGUUUAUUGCUGAAGACUUGGACAAACCCAGAAGAGUGUAAUAAAAUAGAAAGUGCUACAAAUUCCACCUCUCGGACAACCACUAUUAAACCUGGUACAUUUUGUGCAA